AUUCCUCAAGAGCUGUGUGAUAUUUACAGCCUCGUCAUGCUGAACCUCAGUGACAAUUUGUUGGACGAACUCCCCCCUGGAAUUGGUAGGUUGGCAAGGCUUCAGAAUUUGCAUCUUUGUGGGAACAGACUUGGUUGCCUCCCAUAUGACAUUACAGAACUUCAGAACCUACAGAGGCUUUCUCUGGAAAGGAAUCAAUUCACUACAAUUCCGGAUUUCUUGAGGUUGUUG